AGUCCAUUUGCGGUAUUCGCAGCGAACGGAAGCUGAACUGUCGUUCUUGUGCGUCUCGAGGCCGGUGUGACGGGAGUGAGUGACAAGCCAAGAACAGUUAAGCAGAAAAUGUUUUAGGCGCUUCAAGUGUAAUGUUAUGUGAGAAUUGAAGAAAAUAAGUGAAAAUGUAAUGAAAUUCUAUGGAAAUCUAAUUCGAGUGGAAAAAAAGUAGACGUAAAGCAACUAAACAUACAGUGGCAACGUGCGUAAAUUGGCGUGAACAAUUGUUUUUAGCAAAAAAUUGUUGUUGUAGAAAAAAAAGAUGACAACAAUGCUUACAAUUUAAGCUUAAGUAAUUAAAGUCAACAUAUUUUUUACACCUUCAAAUCAAUGGUUUUACUUGCCUAAAUACCUCCACCAAUCAACUCAUCAAAAACAUGCAUCGUCAGCGCUUUAAAAUUGGUUAAAGCGAAGUGUAGACACACCAGAAAUGAUGAAACCGAAACUCAAGUUAGCUUUAAAUCAAAGUGAACUGCAUUUAUAGGAAGAAUUAAGUGUACCAUAAGAAAAUAAAAUAACGAAAAACCCGAAAGUAACAGCGAACACAGACGUAUCUAUGAAAAAAUGCCGCCUCUAAACGAAGUGCUACGAGUAAACUGGAAUUUGCAAAUCAUAUCAUGUAUCGUCGUACUGCUCACGACACACAGCAUACAGCUAGCUCACUGUAUCGACUGCUUCAAAUGCGUCUCAUUCAAUGGAGCCAACAAAGCAUGCGACGAUCCCUUUCACAACAACUACUCCACCGCCAUACUAGAGUCGCCAUGUAUGGGCGGACGAAAAGGACGUAACGGUCUAUUUCCGGCGACAGCCUGCAUCAAAAUCGCCGGGAUUUAUGAUGAUACUGGCGAAUCGAUAACGGUACGAGGCUGUGCGCUGGACAGCGGUACACUUACAACGGACACGGAAAUCAUACGUAUGUCACAUUGUGGCAAAUUCUACUACGAUGACAGAUACGUACAUGGCUGCUUGCAAAGCUGCAACGAUGCGGACGCAUGCAAUCAGGCGGUAGCCAACUAUAAAAGCUCGCCGCAAACACUGUGGCAACACUGCAGCUUUGCGUUAUUGACAUUCAUAGCGUUACAUGAACAUCUGCUCGGCCUAAUCAGGUAGCAGUGUAACGGUAGUUACUAGAACGUGUACGUUGGCACAACGGGCGAGGCGUGUUGGUAGUCAUAACUUGAUAGCAAGGCGCAGUGUUUGUAUUGUGGUAGAGUUACAACACACACAUACACAAGCAUAAAGACACAAUAUGAAUUUACAAAUAGGUUUAAGCGUUAUUCUGCUGCUUUACAACAAGCUCAAAAGCAAGCAAUUUACAUUCACUUCCACACACUCAUACAUCUGUAUAAAUACACACAUAUAUAUAUAGAUAUAUAUAUAUACUAUAUAAAACUGCAAGCUAUUCGAAUUGACAAUGCAUUGGAAAACAAAAACAAAACGCCAUCAAUUUUCAUUAAAUCAGAUUCGUGUGCAAGCAUAACGCUCACUAUGUUUUCCUAACGCAACGCACGAAAAUUUUUGCUUCGCAAAUAUCAUAAUUGGAAAUUUCUAUGUGAUCUGCACAAAAACAAGUUUAAAACUUACUCAAUAUAUACUCAAUUAAGUAUGUCAUAUGUAUAUACGUAGUCGUUAAACGAAACUUUUGAAGUGCUAUAAAUUAGUUUAUAAACUGAGUAUUGAUCUGAUCGUUAAAUUAGUAUGAAAAUUUUAAUGAAUUUCUUAUUAGUGGCUAUUGAUAGUAAUCUUCUUCCAAUUACUCCAUUUUAUUUCCGUUAUAAUUUCUUAUUUCAUUCCAACAUAUUUCACCGCAACUACAUCCUAAAUGUAUGCAACAGAUCAAGUCAUAUUGUGAAGCAUGAAACAAAUCAUCCUAAAAGUAGGCAAUUUCCUUCUUUCGUGGAAAAAAUUAUCAACAAAAUACUCCUCUCGCAAUAACUCUUUAUUUAAUAUUAUAAAAUGUUUAUUUACUUUGCACAGUUUUAAGAAAAUAAAAGCCCGGCGUUGCCUACAAUUAGGCACACUGCAAAGCUGCUAGCAUAUCGGUUAUAGCAAUAGAUAACAAUUUCGUGUUUUAAUUUUACACUGCUUCUUGAUAGGAAAAAAUACCGUUGAAGCAAAGCAAUGGCUUAAAAAUUGUUAUGUGGAUUCCGCAUCAUCAGAAACCACAAUACAACGUUGAUUUGCUGACUUAAAACGUGGUCGCAAAGACACCAAUGUCAGAGUAAGCUCUGUUCACGCGGCACCCACGCGUUUGCUGACUGUUGACGCUAAAGCGUUCUAAUCUGAACACUUUCUUCAGAGAUUACACCGCUACCUUGCACAAAAAUACAUGCCAAAUUUCUAGAAGAUAUCUCAGAAAAUGAAAAAGUUUUGCAUACAAGCAUUUGAUUCCGAUCGUUUAGUUGGUAUGGCAGCUUUAUAUUAUAAUGAUCCGGUAUCAAGAGUUCCGACAAACUAACAGAGAAAACGACGUGUGUGAAAUUUCAGAUCGAUAUCUUAAAAAUUUAGGAACAAUUACAAACUUAAUAUACCCUAUUCAGGAUAUAAAAAUCACAGUCGGGUUAAAUACAUUUGAAUUAUGGAGCAUUUAGAGCAAUCGCCUUACCAUAUGUAGUUUUCGUUACUAUUAUAAUGGUCCUAGUCGAAGUUGAGUUCGUGAUUUGUCAGCAAAACAUGAUCAUGGAAGAAGUCGGUUAGCCUGAGUUUGGUGCCGGAGUACCUUCAGCAUGAAGUCUGACGUUUGUCUUAGUUACAAUUUUUCUUUGAUACAGAAUCUGUCGAAAAAUUGAUACUUUGCAAAUUUGUUCGAAAUUCUGCUUUGUACAAUAAAUUAUAAUGAGCAACAUACUCCAAAUGCCACCCUAAACUUACUAGUAUUUUCUCAGUCGCUAUUAAAAUAUAUAUAUUUAAUUAUGUUGCAAUUAUUGCAAUCAGGAAAAAUUGGAAAGCUCUUCCAAAAUAAUGCGAUAUUUUCUUAGAGACCUUUCGUUUAACGGACGGGUCAAAAUGCACAAAAAAAAUUAACUAAUUAUUAAUUAAUUAAUCUCACUUAAAAUUAAUUUAUGGUAAUUAAAAGCAGUUUAGGAAAACGCUUGGUUUGAUCCAUUUUCAAGAAAUUUAAAAUCAAAAACUGAUUCAUUUAAUCGAUAACACAACUGAUUAUCGAUUAAAAUUUAACUAUACAAUUCUACUUAAAAAAUGUGAAACUAACUUCUUACAAUCAAAACUAAUUUUGGGACACAAAGUUAUUGAGCCAUAAUUUUAAAGUUUUAAUUUAAUUAGUCGGUUGUAAUAAGGAGCAUUCCCAGAUACUUAGUAAGUUUCCGUUUCUACCCAAUAACACGAAUUUUCAAAAUCCUAUAAAUUAAAGUUAAAUUCAGUCCCAAUAUUCCCUUCCCUUGCAGACAGGGAUAAGUAUCUAUACGGAUGGGUCCAAACUAGAUAAUCGAGUGGCAGGGAGUGCUUUUUCCGCAAAAUUAGAUACCAGAAUCGCCUUUCGACUACCUGACUACAGCAUUGUCUUUUAAGCGGAAAUCACAAGAAAUAAAGAAAGCCUUCUUGUGCUGACAAAGAGUGUGCUCACAAUAAGAAAUUUAUUUAUAUAUAUAGAUAGCCAAGCGGCUUUGAAAUCACUAGCUAGUCAAACGUGACAUGAUUUAACUGUGGGCCGCACAAGCCGAGUAUUAAAAUUCAAAAAUAAUUACGCAUUGUAGGACUGCUAACAGGUCACUGUCUAAUUGGUAGACAUGCCAGCAGAUUGGCAACACCAUAAAAUAACUAUUGUAGAAGCUGUCAGAGGUAGAAGAAGGAGAGACUAUAGAACAUGUUCUAUGCGAUUGCAAGACUUUGUUUAGGAAAAGAAUCACAACUAUCGGUCGAGAGUUUCUUGAAAAUAUUUCGGAGAUUGCACAAAAAAACUUUUUGUAUUGAUGGACUUCAUCAGGAGCAGAGAGAACAUAAUAGAGUGUGAUAGUUUUAAUUCCAGUGAUCCACUCUACAUACCUAACUAUAUUAACCGAUUAUCGCUUAAAAAUUCAACACAAUUAAGACAUUGUGUAACUAAAUUCUUGCUUUCAGAAAAAAAAUUCGUAAAACACCAAUUUUUUCCGUCGCUUGCUACCACUUUAAAAUUGUAAAUAAUUUUUAGUUGAAAUUUCUGCUAAAUUGUACAUCUAACCUACCUAGGACAUAUUAUAUAAACAUUAGCGCAUUAUAUAUUGCACGCGUCUACUACAACUCAAAUUGUAUAUACGAGUAUAUACAUAUAUACAUAUACUAUGAAACUAUAAUUUAAAAAAGCGUUAGAUUAUUGAAAAUUGUUUCGAAAUUAGUAAUUCGACAAAUGUAUGCCUCUUAGAAGUUUUUUCAAAGAUUUAAACAAACAACGCCCGAUUUACUUGUAAUUUCGCAGAAUAAAAACUUAACUUAAAUGAAUUGCGCAUUUUAGGAAAAUUUACAGCAAUUAAAUAAUAAUAAUUUCAAAUUGAUUUAGCAAAGACAAAGUGAAAUUAAAACACAAGAAAAUGCAUACGAGUAUUUAUUAUAAAACAAAACGAUUUUUUCAGUGAUUACGUGAAACAAUAAUUUUGCGCAAUAUGCAAUAUGUGUUACAUAAAAUUAAAAUAAAUACCGUAAUUUAAAACAUAAACAAGGAUUUGCAACACAACAAAUAAAAGGUAUAGCAUUUAGACUAGAUUAAGACAUAAACAUAAAACUGAAUUGACAUACGAUAAAAAAAUAUUUAAAAAAAUUGAGGUUAAAAAAUAAAAAUUAAUAAAAUUUAUUUUUCGCGCAGGCACUCAUUUUUCAGCGUUUUUCUAUUUGCACACAUAUAUUUACAAAUAGUUGUAUAUAUUAUAUAUAUAAUAUAAUGAAUUUCAUAUUGAACAAAACGCAUAUAUUUAAUAACUAUUGUUAAUAAGGCUACAAACGAUUGAGCUUUAAUGGUUUCCUAAACUCAACAUUCAGAACAAAAAAAUUGUAUAUAAGCUAAGCGGCUUUUGUUAGACCUUGUAUUGUACUUUUCUAUAAAAAAAAAAUCAAAAAUAAUUAGAAGUAAAUUAUUAAAAAAGGGCAUUCAGCUUGCAGCAAAGCAAUAAAAAUGCACAUUGCAUACACGAAAAGAAAAUUAAUCAAAAUAACAGAAUUUACACAUUUUCACUUAAACGCAACUAAAAAAAAACCCCGCAAGUGGCACAUACACAUAUGCAUAUUUAUAAAUCGCUUAUGUAAAUACAAAGAGUACUAGCAAUGCGAACAAUAGCUGUAAGUAGCCUAUUUUUCUAAUUAUUGGAGUAUUGCAAACAUUUAACGGUACAAUGGUUUAGCUUAUGAAUAAAAAAUCAUUAAAAAAAAUAAAAAAAUUUUCAAAAUAACAAAAUAAAAAUCACACAAAAGCAUCAAUAAAUUAAUAGUUAUAUAGCAAAUCAACGAGCGUUCUUUAUAUUCAUAUGCAUUAGGGUGUGCAUUAUUUCUCAAGUUGAUAUAUAUUAAGCGUUUUUUUCAUGUUCUGACAAAACUUAUCAUAGUAAUGUAAUUAUACAAUAUAUCAUUAAAAGGUAGAGCUUUCAACAAUUAUUUAAGCCAACUGAGUUUUAAAAAAAUUUUAAAUUUCGACUUGAGAACUUUUAUUGAAAAUUUGAAUUUUUUUACGGUAUUAAAACAAUAUAAGAAGAAAAAAUUACUAUAUUUUAAAUCAAAAAAAUAUAGAGUAUUUGGGACAUAAGAUAAUAAGUUUACACCAAAUUUCGUGAAAGAAAAACAUUUUUUGUACAAGAUAAAUAUAAAAAACCUUAAACUUGAUUAUUUGAAUAUACAUUUUGAGGUUAUGUGAAAAAAGUCUAUAUACAAAAGUUGUAGAUCUUUUUACUACUUCGGACUAGUUAUUUUGCCACAAAUGAAGAUAAACUGUUUUUGACACUUAAAAACUCAACCGCUCCCCUACCCUUCCUUUUCCCGACCACAGAUUACCCAUAAAUUAUUUUUCCUCUAAUGUUUGUAAUUUUAUCAUACGUUUCCGAUGGGUUAUUAUUUUCAAAGAUUUCUGCACUAGUGGAAAAGUAAUAUUUUAAUACAAAACUUUCCGCUCUACAAAAAAGGUCUUGAUGACUUUUUUCAUAAAAACAUUUCUUUAAAAGUUAUACUCAGUUAAAGUUAUACCUCAACUUGCUCAGGUCAGUUCACACAAAUUAUUUAUACAUUCUACAAGUAUGUUGCUCUCACUUUUUGGAAGCAAAUAUAUGCUUUGGAGAGAAAAAAAGUGUUGCAUGCGAUCAAAGAAUGCCAUGGUAAAUCAUAACAAAAGUAAAAUUAUUUAGACACGAUUUAAAUUGAAAAUAAAGAGCUUAUAUACGUUGGAUAAUUUUUUAGCGAAAAAUUGGGAACCUUAAGGGGCGCUUACAAAAAAAAUCAACUUGAGAAAUAACAUACAUUUUUAAACAUUAUCAAAUUGAAAUUAUGCACACAAAAAGAGCACAACAUGACAAAAACCGAUAAAAAAAAAACACAUACGCAUAUGUAUAAAUAUAAUAUAAACGAAAAAGCGCAUAAUCAAAUUUGCAUGCGAGCAAAUAAACUAACGAAAAAAAGAAGCGAGCGCGCGGCAAAAAAUCACAACCUAACCUAAAAACUGACAGAUAUCAAAAUGAUCAAAACACGCAAAACCAAAUCAGAAAUAUUUGCAAUAAAUGAAAAAAAGUUUACAUAAAUUAUACUAUUGAACGUUUUUACUACCAUUUACUAAAUAAAAAGCAAAACUUUAUAGAAUAAUAUGCAAAAAAAAAAAACCGACUUAAAUAAGUAUGUAUAUGAAAUAAUAAAAUGCGCAAUGAACUAUUGUUAAAUACUAAAUGCUAAAUUUAUAGUUAUUUACAUUUGUGUACUUAUAUAUACUCAUUUAACAAAACACUUAAAUCUUACUCAGUCAUUGUUAUAAUUUAAUUAAAAUAUAACAAAAAUAAGUUUCAGCUGUAGUAAAUAUGUAUUUGAGCAUUUAAGCUAGCAAAUUUCAAACAGGAAGCGCGUGAUAUCAAUAAAAUUCUAAAAUAAACAAAUAUUCACUUCGUACUCACAUUA